AUGGCUGCUGUUGCCAGCGCAACCAGCUUUCGUGUUGCUUCCGCGCCAGUGGACCGUCACUUGACAGCUGAGCAACAAUACCGCGCCGAGAAAUAUGUCGGUCUUCUCUAUCGGGGCGCAGCCCAAGAGCAAGGACCCACCCGGCGCCUCAAGGAAGAAGGCGAAAACGACGUUGUCGCUGCGGGUGCUGCUCCAGAAGAAGAAAACCGCCACCUGGCAGCCCAGCAAGACAAGGAGAGCGAAGUUCGUGGAGCUACUCGCCCGCAGCGCCGCCUCAGUUUCCAUGAUGCUGCCGCGCCAGUGGACCGUCACUUGGCAGCUGAGCAAAGAUUCCAAGAGCUGAAACUUGUCGGCAUUUUGUCUCGGGGUGCAGCCCAUGAGCAAGGUACUCACAGCCUGACCGACUUCCUCUUUGUGCCCGUGCUGCCCAGUGCGCACAUUCAGAACGAAGAAGGGGACAUCCGCGCCGGCCAAAAGCCAACCGGCGGCUUCUUUGAACUUCCGGACGAACGCCGCCUUACUGGUCAGCAACAACACUCGGGGCAAGAACUGUGGGGCGUUGAGUUGGACAGCGUGGGAGACAGCCUGAUUGUGCCCGUGCUUCCCACCUCGAUUGGUGCGGGGGGCGAAGCCAAUGCAUUCCAUCCCCGUGCGGUUGCCAAGGCCAAGGCAUUGGGCGGUGCACGCUCGAUCGGUAUCCAACAAGUUGGUCAUAUGUCGCCAUCCGACUAG